GGCCUGCUGUCGGUGCCUGCGGUGAGGUACCUGGGCUCCUGAAGGGCGGGCGUUUAGGUCAUAACUGCCCCUGCCGGCGGACGCUCUCGGGCGACCAGGGUCGGUAACGACAAGCCGGCGGGGACAGUCACUACUUAGUGCCUACCGCACGGGUCUGCUCUUUCUGCCACCUCCGCCAUCUCCACCUCUUUUCGGGUGAAGUCACAUUUGCGUUUCGAGACUUUGGGUCCUGAGGCCCAAACUCGACACGAGUCCCCACCACUCCUCUUUUUCACUCAUCCUCCGUCUCUUCCUUUGCACCACCACAUCAUUUAGCCUUUGAACUGGCCAGCUAGGCUGUUCCUUGAGGCCAAGUUCAAGGCGGUUUAAAGUAACCGUGGGGAAAGCAGCCCCCCAGUGGACAAAGGCGGAGGCAAGAAUAGAGCAGGCCUAGCGGCCACAGGCAAUUAAAGUAGGCGACUGAGGGUGUGAACAGGGAAAAAGGAAAAAAAAAAAAAAGAGUACUGCGGUUUAGAAAGGACUGGAAAGGACUUGUUGCACGAUGGAAGAAUCUGACUCUGAGAGAAAGAUGGAGAAAGAGAAUCUGGGGCCAAGAAUGGAUCCUCCCAUAGGGGAACCUGAAGGAUCGCUAGGGUGGGUGCUACCAAAUACAGCCAUGAAGAAAAAGGUGCUGUUGAUGGGUAAAAGUGGGUCUGGUAAGACCAGUAUGAGGUCUAUUAUCUUUGCAAAUUAUAUUGCCAGAGACACACGUCGCCUUGGUGCAACAAUACUAGACCGUUUACAUAGUCUUCAAAUUAAUAGCAGUUUGAGCACCUACUCUCUCGUAGACUCUGUUGGAAAUACAAAGACAUUUGAUGUAGAACAUUCUCAUGUUCGAUUUCUGGGAAACCUGGUAUUGAACCUGUGGGACUGUGGUGGACAGGACACUUUCAUGGAAAAUUAUUUCACUAGCCAGCGAGACAACAUCUUCAGAAAUGUGGAGGUUCUGAUAUAUGUGUUUGAUGUGGAAAGCCGUGAACUGGAAAAGGACAUGCACUAUUACCAAUCAUGCCUAGAGGCUAUUCUGCAGAAUUCUCCAGAUGCCAAAAUCUUUUGCUUGGUACACAAAAUGGAUCUGGUACAGGAGGAUCAACGGGACCUGAUUUUUAAAGAGCGAGAAGAAGAUCUGAGGCGUUUGUCUCGCCCAUUGGAAUGUUCUUGUUUCCGAACAUCUAUCUGGGAUGAAACUCUCUAUAAGGCUUGGUCCAGCAUUGUUUAUCAGCUGAUCCCCAAUGUUCAGCAGCUGGAAAUGAACCUAAGGAAUUUUGCUGAAAUUAUUGAGGCUGAUGAAGUCCUUUUGUUUGAGAGAGCUACUUUUCUGGUGAUUUCUCACUAUCAGUGUAAAGAGCAGCGUGAUGCCCACAGAUUUGAGAAAAUCAGCAACAUUAUUAAGCAAUUUAAGCUGAGCUGCAGCAAGCUAGCUGCGUCUUUCCAGAGCAUGGAAGUCAGGAACUCUAACUUUGCUGCUUUCAUUGACAUCUUUACAUCCAACACUUAUGUGAUGGUCGUGAUGUCUGAUCCAUCCAUUCCUUCUGCAGCUACUCUGAUCAACAUCCGCAAUGCCAGGAAACACUUUGAAAAGCUGGAGAGAGUGGAUGGACCAAAACAGUGUCUCCUCAUGCGCUAAACAUUGCCACAUGUUGUUUCAAAAAAUUUUGAAAUACUGUUUCUUAAUUAAUCUUAAUGUUGUAUUCAUAUAUGUAGGCUCUGAAAUGUGAUGCUUACCACUUGUGUAUUUCUUCCCCACGUCAUUCUUAACGUUUAACCUUGAAUGCUAUUUACUAAAAUAGCCAGUGAGAAGUUAGAAAAUGAGCUGUUCAUGGACUUGAUGUGACAUAAAAGUAUGUGAUAUGUAAGUGUUCUGAUAACAAGAUUCUAAUAGUGUGUGUUCUGAUAACCUGGUUCUAAUAGUUGUGUAUGCCAUAGCCUUUUCCAACAUCAUCUUGUGUUCCUCAUUGGAUAGUAACCUAUAAGUUUGGAAUAUUACUAAUUUCUCAGCAUGCAUUAAAAUUAUUCCUUAACUUCAACUGUAAAUAAACUUUUGCUGUUAGGGAUUUCAGUGUCUGUUUUCUUUUCCUUGUCUUUUCAACUUUUUCCCUAAGAAAGAGCAAAUGAAUUUCAUAGUUAUCCUAUGGGGAGGGGAUCUGCUGUUUGGGAAAUAUUAUAGAAUAAAGUUGGAUAGGAAGGAUGGAGGCAGAUUAUAGUCUUAAAGUUAGAAGAGUUUAGAUAUUAUGUGAUAGGAAAUAGGAUACCAUUGUAGGUUUUUGAGGAGGGAAUUAUGUGAAAGGAAUUUUGAAAGAAAAUUAACCUAGACUAUAUGGGCUGACUGGUGGCAGCUGG